AUGGGCAAGAUUAAAGAGAACGAUUGGAAGCAGCUGAAUUGUCAUCACUCUUUGGUAGGUUUAUUUAAGCUCUCCUGCUAUUUUCUUUCAUUCCCCCACUUAGACCACUUCCUAAAGAAUUCUUCAGACAACGUAAAUUCUUCUGCAUGCUCCCGAUAUGUCUGCCGGUGUCUGAUUCCAAAAUACGCUAGAAGUAAAAGUAAACACUAUUUAUAUAUCUAUCUCAACGUGUUCCCUAUCUAUCUAUCUAUCUAUCUAUCUAUCUAUCUAUCUAUCUAUCUAUCUAUCUAUUGUCAUUCCAAUAACACCAGUGCGGGGGAAGAAAGAGCACGUGACCUUUCCGAGCCUAUCACAGACAAUUUCGAGUUUUCGUCUUCCUUCUUGACUAUUUCUUCUUUCGUCUUCUUUCUUGAGUAUUUUUUUUCUUUCGUCUUCUUUCUUGAUAUUUUUUCGUCUUCUUUCUUAACUAUUUUUUCUUUCGUCUUCUUUCUUGUGUAUUUUUUCGUCUUCUUUCUUAAUAUUUUUCUUUCGUCUUCUUUCUUGAGUAAUUUUUCUUUCGUCUCUUUUCUUAAAUAUGUCUUCUUUCACCUUCUUUCUUGUAUAUUCCUUCUUUCAUAUCUGUUUAUCUAUCUUGAUGUGUUUAUUAUCUAUCUUGAUGUGUUUAUUAUCUAUCUGAAUGUGUUUAUUAUCUAUCCAUCUCAUUGUGUUUGCCUAUCUAUCCAUCUCAUUGUGUUUGCCUAUCUAUCUAUCUAUCUAUCUAUCUAUCUAUCUAUCUAUCUAUCUAUCUAUUAUAGCGUAGAGACUGCUUAUCUAUCUAUCUAUCUAUCUAUCUAUCUAUCUAUCUAUCUAUCUAUGAUAGUGUAG